AUGGCCAGCUCAAAGAAAGUCUCCUUUCAUGACCUCCCCGAGAAGGACGAGUGGGACUUUGUCGAAGACGUCUUCUCCCGCACCAGACCUCCCCAGCACAAAGCCGCCAACCUCUCCUCUGUCCAAGCAGCAGCCGCUUCCGCCGACGAGGCCUCGGACGCCGCCACCGUCUCUCGCUUCAGCAUCCUGUCCCUCCGCGAGGCCGAGCUUCCGCUUGACUCGGACCCUGCGACUGAGGACUCGAACAAGUCACACCCGGACACCGAGCCCAACACGCUGGCCACCGGCAGCGACGGAGAGGCGAGCAGGGCGAGGCUGCAGCAGCUCCGAGACACCCCAAGCUCUCCGCGCCACACGGACCUUACCAUGUCGAUGCUCGACCUCCACGGCCUCGUCUGCCCCGCCUGCGACAGCAAUGGCGAUAUCGUCCGCUGGCUGGGGACGGCGCCCGGCCUGCUGUACAGGAGCGGUGCCCAAUCUGCCACUGCCACUGUCACAGGCACCCGGGCCGGGCCCAGGUCCAGGUCCAACUUUAGCGAUGCCAGCUUCGGCAGCAACGCUGUCCCAGUCCAGGCUGCAGACGAGAUCCCCAUCAUGGUGCGGGACGUGGGGGUGCAGUUCGGCAGCACCCCGGUCCAGCGUGAGCUGGUGCUGGACAUCCUUUGA